CCGCCUAAUUCCAGCCUCCAAAUGUGAAAUGACUUCCUUUGAAGAAGUUGGAAGUGAAAGUCGAAGUAAAAAACUUAACUGUUAGCCAGCGACAACCGGCUGAGAGCGAGACGGUGUUUUACGGAACCCGGAAAACCCCUAACGCCAACGGCUGUAGGAAAGUCGAGGAAUAAGCCUCGUGAACGAUACGCAGGAUGUUUGGAAGUUUGGACUUGUUCGCAGUAAGCUGCUUCUUCGUUACGACUGAAUCCUUACUAGGUCAAAUCUUACCCCCACAAAAUGUGUCCCUGCUGUGGUAUAGUGAUUUUAAACCAGUGGUGGACUGGUCCACAUAUUCCAUGGAAAACUGCACAUAUGAAGUCAAGAGAGACGACGAGACUGACUCAGUGCUUCCUCCUUGGAGGCCGUAUGUGGUAAUGGAUGGACGAUUUCUGAGCUUUUCUAUUACAACUGUGUGUGGUGACACACGGAGCCAGCCGGCUGCCUUCACAUUCAAUUACACAGAGCUGGUGAGGGAUUUGCAGUGUCACAUCUAUUCCUCCAAGAAAACUUACUGCUCCUGGACCUUGGCCAGACCCAUUGAAGAUCUUGGUUUUUUCUACGAGUUAGUGAACGAGGAUGGGAGCACAGAUAUUGAUGACGAUUCCUCUUCACUCUUGCAAGCGUGCCCGUCAUACACGUACACCAAUGGUGCCAGGACAGGUUGUGCUCUACAGGCGAAGAUGACCCAGGAUAUUCACAUCUCGUUCAACGGAACAUGGGCCAACCAAACUGUCAGGAACACCUUCAAGAUAGCGCUUAAAACCAAUGUGAGACUUCCUCCCCUGAACUGGACAGUCACGAAAAAUAGGGAUAAGUUCCUUAUUAGGUGGGAUCCUCCUGACAUUGUGGACCUGUCUCUUUGGAAGUUUAGAAUUAAUUACACUGAGUGUAAUGAUAUGAAGUUUAAAGACAUAUACGAACAAACAAGCACUGAUCUGCCCGUGGUCCCUCACUGUCCGUAUCGCAUAGCUAUUAAAGCACAGACACGGAAACUAGAGACACCGUGGAGUGAGAAGUAUUUUGAUGCAGAGCCUAAUGAUUAUUAUUAUCUCAUGGUUGCCAUUGCCGUCCCAUUGAUGUUUGCGGUCCUGACAACAAUGAUGUUCAUAUUAUGGAGGAGGAAUCAGGACUAUAUUUUUCCCAAAAUACCAGAACCUCGGAACUUCCUAAUCGAUAUUCCUGACAACAACAAUAAGAGCACUGUUGGCAAACUUUAUGUUCCUGCAGAGGAAGAAGACAACUGCAAAAUCACUUUAGUGAAAGAUCCCACAAACAACAACCUUUACCCUUGACAUCUCUCCAGUGGCAACAGCUGAAAGUCUCCCAAAUUCUUGCAGUACUGGCUCAGCAAAAUUGUACCACGUCACCGUUUAACACGGAGGAUUUGUUUCUUAGACAAUGACAUGGAACUAAAAGGAUGCCCAAGUAUGGCACCACAGUAAGCCAAACUCACAUUCACAUCAGUAUUCAAGAAACUCUUAAAUUCUUUAUCAACAUGUUAUGUUUACACCCGUCAGCAGCUCCUUUUUUGGAAAUGUAUUCUGUUACAGUAUGUUUGUCUUUAUUUAGAUUUGCAUAGUAAUUCCACCAUUAAUAGUUCGACCAAAAAAAGACUUGUUUUUGAUUUGAGCAAAACAGGGUUUCUGUCUAUAGCCUAAUGAACCCAAACACACAUUUGCAUUUCUAUCACAGCAUUAAGUUUCUUGUUGCGUUGAAUGAACCCCCGAGUUGCACUGUGGUGCUUCGAGACAGAUGCAAUUGUUGCAACCCCAGCAAUUCACCAACAGUGUAAUCUAUACAUCCUCAUACCUCCAGAGGUUGCUGAAACAAUCUGUUUUGGGGAAAAUGUAUUUAUUCUAUUUUUUUAUCGUGUUUUGCUUUUUUUUUCUUUUUUUUUUUUUAAUAAUUAUGUGUGUCUGAGGAUUUUUUACAUUUGUCUUUUACCAUUGCCAUUGCAAAUUAAAUAUUUUCAGGUUUUGGACUGCCCAAGCAAGCAUCAUCAUCUG